CUGAUAAACAAGAACGGAGUUGAAGCAUCACAUCAGAUUAUCGAACGUCUUCAGAAUGUUAAGGCCGUUGAAGUGAAAGACACUCACAGGACCAAGUUCCACUUUCAACCUCCACAGCGCUGGAUUAACGAUCCAAAUGGACCCAUGUUCUUCAAUGGUUUCUACCACUUAUUCUACCAAUACAAUCCCAAAGGAUCUGUAUGGGGAAAUAUCGUGUGGGCACACUCAGUCUCCAAAGACCUAAUCAGCUGGGAAGCCCUAGAACCAGCUAUAUAGCCUUCCAAACCCUUUGACAUCAACGGUUGCUGGUCCGGAUCCGCCACCAUCCUCCCCGGAAACAAGCCAAUAAUCCUCUACACCGGCCUCGACCCCGAUAAGCGCCAGAUCCAGAACUAUGCCGUCCCCAAAGACGACAGGGACCCCUACCUCCGGGAAUGGAUCAAACCAGAUGACAACCCCUUGGUAGUUCCCUCCCCGGGAAUGAACGCCAGCCAGUUCCGUGACCCCACCACGGCGUGGUGGUUCAACGGCUACUGGAGGAUCAUAGUCGGAUCAAAGAAACACCACCAGGGCGUGGCGGAACUUUACCGGAGCAUGGAUUUCAAGUUAUGGGUGAAGAGCAACCACCCGCUCCAUUCGGCUCCGGACACCGGCAUGUGGGAGUGCCCGGACUUUUAUCCUUUGUACAAGAACGGGAACAGGCAGGGAGCGGACACGUCGAGAGUUGGGCAGGACGUGAAGCACAUGUUCAAGGUGAGCCUGGAUGAGACGAGGUAUGAGUACUACACACUGGGGACGUAUAAGCCGGAAGAUGACAGGUACACAGUGGAUCCGGGAAUGAAGGACAGUCGGGAAGGGUUGAGAUAUGAUUAUGGCAACUUCUAUGCCUCCAAAACUUUCUUUGAUCCUGUAAAGAGUAGGAGGAUUUUGUGGGGUUGGUCUAAUGAGUCUGAUUCAGCUGAUGAUGAUACAAAAAAGGGGCGGGCCGGAAUUCAGGCGAUUCCACGAGAGGUAUGGCUUAGUCCUGACGGGAAGCAAGUGCUACAAUGGCCCAUCCAAGAAGUGGAAACUUUGAGGGGGAAAAAGACUGACAUGACAAAUCAAAUUCUAGAACAAGGAAAGACUGUUGGAGUUCGUGGAAUAACUGCUGCACAGGUCGAUGUUGAAGUUACCUUCAGUGUUCCAAACCUGGACAAAGCUGAGGAGUAUGAUCCUAAUUGGCCGGAUGGGCAAACGGCGUGUGCGGCAAAGCGUUUGAAUGUUCCAGGUGGUGUUGGGCCAUUCGGACUCUUAACAUUGGCCUCUCAACACCUAGAGGAGUUCACUCCUGUCUUCUUUAGGAUUUUCAAAACAAAAGAGCAAAAGCACAAGGUUCUUAUGUGCUCUGACGGAAAGUUUUCGACGUUGAAGCCUUUCGACGAGAAACAGUAUAGACCAUCAUUUGGGGGAUUAGUAGAUGUACAUAUAGCCGCAGAAAAGAAGAUUUCCCUCAGGACUUUCAUUGAUCAUUCUGUUGUUGAAAGUUUUGGAGCAGGAGGAAAAACGUGCAUCUUAUCUAGGGUUUAUCCAACCCUAGCUGUAAACGAUGCAGCUCACUUGUUUCUGUUCAACAAUGGCACUGUGCCUAUUACUGUUCAGAGUCUCACUGCUUGGGAUAUGAAUGCUCCCAAGUCCAUGAACCAGGGCAAAAAAUAGGGUACUCCUCAUAGGGAGAUAUCGAUUGAGCUUAUAUAUAACAUGUAUGAGCAUUACAGCAGAUAGGUCGAUCACAUCGAGGUGUUGUUGCAGUUAGAUUAAUUGUUGUAGUUCUAUAAUGACCCUCACCUCACUUUGAUUUCUGAUUCCAAUUCAA